CAAAACACUGCAGCACCCUGGCCGCUCUUGAGUUGGGGAAGGAAUUAAGGAGGCUGUGCCUCCGGGUUGCGCGAAGAGUCCAAGUCAUUUCUCAGAAACCUCCGAUAGGUGGUCCUUAGAGAAAACGCCGCCGGGCGCCGCCAGGAUAAGGAAUCGCACCCUCGCCUGCCUGCUUGGGAGAGACAGAACCUGGCACUUCUCGGGGUGAAGGUGAGGGAGAGGCUGUAAAUCAGCCAGAAGAGCCUCGAAGUCCUCCAACGGCCCCGCAAAAGGAGGUGACCCCCGCCAGGAGAGAUGGUCUCCGGGUUCGGCCCCGCCUAGCGGCAGCUCCAGCUUCCCAGGGAAUGUUCCACUAGCGCCAUGGACCGAGCCCGCGGUGCGGCCCUGCAGCUGCGCCCGCUCCCGCCCACAAGCAGCGCAGACCCCGGCGGCAGCGAGGCUUCCUUCUCCUACAAGGAAAACCUGAUCGGCGCCCUUUUGGCAAUUUUCGGGCACCUUGUGGUCAGCAUCGCGCUUAACCUGCAGAAGUACUGCCACAUCCGCCUGGCAGGCUCCAAGGAUCCCCGGGCCUACUUCAAGACCAAAACAUGGUGGCUGGGCCUGUUCCUGAUGCUGCUGGGCGAGCUGGGUGUGUUCGCCUCCUAUGCCUUCGCUCCGCUGUCACUGAUCGUGCCCCUCAGCGCCGUCUCCGUGAUUGCUAGCGCCAUCAUAGGAAUCAUAUUCAUCAAAGAAAAAUGGAAACCUAAAGACUUCCUGAGGCGCUACGUCUUGUCCUUUGUUGGCUGCGGUUUGGCCAUCGUGGGCACCUACUUGCUGGUGACAUUCGCACCCAACAGUCACGAGAAGAUGACAGGCGAGAACAUCACCAGGCACCUCGUGAGCUGGCCUUUUCUCUUGUACAUGCUUGUCGAGAUCAUUCUGUUCUGCUUGCUGCUGUACUUCUACAAGGAGAAGAACGCCAACAACAUCGUCGUGAUUCUUCUCCUCGUGGCCUUACUCGGCUCAAUGACGGUGGUGACGGUGAAGGCCGUGGCUGGCAUGCUGGUCCUGUCCAUCCAGGGGAACCUGCAGCUCGACUAUCCCAUCUUCUACGUGAUGUUCGUGUGCAUGGUGGCCACCGCUGUCUACCAAGCCGCGUUUUUAAGUCAAGCCUCACAGAUGUACGACUCCUCUUUGAUUGCCAGCGUGGGCUACAUUCUGUCCACUACCAUUGCUAUCACAGCAGGCGCAGUAUUUUACCUGGACUUCAUCGGGGAGGAUGCGCUACACAUCUGUAUGUUUGCACUGGGGUGCCUCAUUGCAUUCUUGGGUGUCUUCUUAAUCACCCGUAACAGGAAGAAGGCCAUUCCAUUUGAGCCCUAUAUUUCCAUGGAUGCCAUGCCAGGUAUGCAAAACAUGCAUGACAAGGGAAUGACGGUUCAGCCCGACCUCAAAGCUUCUUUUUCCUAUGGUGCCCUGGAAAACAACGACAACAUUUCUGAGAUCUGCGCUCCUGCCACGCUUCCGGUCAUGCAAGAAGAACACAGCUCCGGGGCUGCCCCCGGGGUUCCCUACCGAGUUCUGGAACACACCAAGAAGGAAUGAGCCCACCUUGCUCCCUUUAUAACUGCUCAAGCCCUGCCGAUAGUGAUUUAACCCUGAAUUCUGAAGUUUGCCUUUUGAGUCUUUUUUUUUUUUUUUUUUUUUUUUUAACCGAGAACUCUCCAGAAGGGGAUCUGGAAGAGCCUUUGUCUCUGGCAAAGAAUAUAUUAUUUUGGCUUGGAGAUUCCGGAUGACCAGGGUGGUGGUGGGGUGGGGAGGGUGAAAGCAGUAUUCCGGGGUGGGUGGGGCGAGUGCGGGAUUCAGACCCCGCCCAGUUCCGCUUCCCCCCCCCCCCCCCGCCCCCGUCCCCCAGGUUGGGAGAGCCCCCAUCAUCCCCGAGGAUGGUAACUGAACAUCCCCUGCCGGACCGCAAGUUGCCACAUUCCUCGCAGCUGAAACAAGACAGGUCCUGCCCUCUCCUUUCCACAUCGAGGGAGAGGCUGGAGACCCCUGAAUCCAGUCUUCCCCUUGCCUGAUCCUCCCCAUCUCGCUCGCGAUUCCAUAUUUUCACAUAACGUUUGCGUUGUCUUCACAUGGCAUAGCGGGCCAGCCCCGGGACCCUUCUGUCAUUCACCUGCAGAAAACGCACGUGUGCCCCUUCCGGUUGUCUGUGCCUUUCUAGCGAAAACGUGCUUGAUGUGUUCAUAUUCCACCCGCGCUUGAAAGCUAAUUUGUUUUUGGUUCUGUGAACUGUA